GUUUCGGUCCCCUGCAGACCCCGGAAGUGCAACUCGAACUUAGUCGGGGCGCGGAUCCGGAGAGGGAAAGUCUUAACAACCAAGUGAGGGAGUGCGCCCAGCGAGCUGGAAGGCCACGCCUCCUCCCGCCUCCCCCCUCAGCCCUGCAGCUGGGGGCAGAGCUCAGACUGUCUUCUGAAGAUUGAUGUCUAUUUCCUUGAGCUCUUUAAUUUUCUUGCCAAUUUGGAUAAACAUGGCACAAAUCCACCAGGGAGGUCCAGAUGAAAAAGAAAAGACUACAGCACUGAAAGAUUUAUUAUCUAGGAUAGAUUUGGAUGAACUAAUGAAAAAGGAUGAACCACCUCUUGAUUUUCCUGAUACCCUGGAAGGAUUUGAAUAUGCUUUUAAUGAAAAGGGGCAGUUAAGGCACAUCAAAACUGGGGAACCAUUUGUUUUUAACUACCGAGAAGACUUACACAGAUGGAACCAGAAAAGAUAUGAAGCUCUGGGAGAGAUUAUCACAAAAUAUGUUUAUGAGCUCCUGGAAAAAGACUGUAAUUUGAAAAAAGUCUCUAUUCCAGUAGAUGCCACUGAAAGUGAACCAAAGAGUUUUAUCUUUAUGAGUGAGGAUGCUUUGACAAAUCCACAGAAACUGAUGGUUUUAAUUCAUGGUAGUGGUGUUGUCAGGGCAGGUCAGUGGGCUAGAAGGCUUAUUAUAAAUGAAGAUCUGGACAGUGGCACACAGAUUCCUUUUAUUAAAAGAGCUGUGGAUGAGGGUUAUGGAGUGAUAGUGCUGAAUCCCAAUGAAAACUAUAUUGAAGUAGAAAAGCCAAAAAUGCACAUUCAGUCAUCUUCUGAUAGCUCAGAUGAGCCAGCAGAAAAGCGGGAAAGAAAAGAUAAAGUCUCUAAAGAAACAAAGAAGCGACGGGAUUUCUAUGAGAAGUAUCGCAACCCCCAAAGAGAAAAAGAAAUGAUGCAAUUGUAUAUCAGAGAAAAUGGUUCUCCUGAAGAACAUGCAGUCUACGUCUGGGACCAUUUCAUAGCUCAAUCUGCUGCUGAAAAUGUGUUUUUUGUUGCUCACAGCUAUGGAGGGCUUGCUUUUGUUGAACUGAUGAUUCAACGAGAAGCAGAUGUAAAAAGCAAGGUGACUGCUGUGGCAUUGACAGACUCUGUUCACAAUGUGUGGCAUCAAGAAGCUGGCAAAACCAUCCGAGAAUGGAUGAGAGAGAACUGUUGCAACUGGGUCUCUAGUUCAGAACCAUUAGACACGUCAGUGGAGUCCAUGCUGCCUGACUGCCCUCGAGUCUCUGCAGGCACCGACCGUCACGAGCUAACUUCCUGGAAGAGCUUCCCGUCGAUCUUCAAGUUCUUUACCGAAGCCUCGGAGGCCAAGAGCAGCUCGCAGAAGCCGGCGCUGACGCGGCGCUCGCACCGCAUCAAGCACGAGGAGCUAUGAGCGCAGCGCGUCCGCACCCCGAGCGCCCCGCGCAGCCUCCGGCCCCUCAUUAGAUUGUUUUUCUUCCUCGAGUCCAGGGUCGUGAUAUGUACAUCUAAAUAGCGUUCUGCAUUAUUUCUAGAUGAGUGCAACUGUCAAAGCAAUAUGGGUUCCGCGGCCGCGCUUCCUGCAGGCGGAGCGGGCCAGGCCGGCAGAUUAAGGCUGACAGCGCCGGGCAUCCCGGCCUGAGCUUCUAACUGCGCUGGAAGAGCUGCGGGCUCUGAGGCCUGCGCGGCGUCUGCGCGGUCCUACCGCCCGCUGCUCCGCGGUUGCUGCUGCCUGUCUCAACCGCGUCCACUUCCCCUACUGAACCCAGCAAGCUUUUAUUCUAGACUUCUACCCUUCAUUUCAACUAGGUUUUCCCCCCGGGGCAUCGUAUGUCUGUCUGUCUGUCUCUCUGUCUCUGUCUAUCUCUCGUUGUUUAGAAAGCCACCACCUCCCUGUACUAGAAUAACAAAUUUAAAUUCAAAACCUGAAUGCCAUAAUGUACUAUGUAGUCUGGGGAGUGCAAAUUCUCCCUAUUUUCAUUUCAAGACCAGAAGAAAAACUUUCAUAAAAAUCCAUAAAGCACGAAAUACGAAUCCUCCUUUCUGCUGAAAAUUCUUGCAAGUUUAAUGUGACACCUCAUGAAGUCUCUGGUUUCAGAAGAAAGUUGAAACCAAAACAUAAGCAGAUCUUUUAGAUGUGAAAGUUUCCAUUUUCAGGGAAAUUUCCAACUUUCUCAUGAGAAUUGACUUUACUUUUACAUAUGUAAUGUAGUGAGUGGUAUUGUAAUUUAGACGAUCCACUUAAAGUUUGCUUUUUAUAUGCUAAGUGGAGAUGGUGUAUUUGUUACUGUUAAUCCUUACUUAAAGGUACUUUAACCUUUCCUGCAGUAAACCCUUUUAAGUAUACAACUUAUUAUCAUCAAGAAAAUAAAACUGCAUACUCCAUUUUCCUUCUAACAGCUCAAUAGGGUUAAAAUGAUUCAGUUUUUUUUUUUCUCCACUGGGAAAAGAAAAACUUGGUGUGAAUGAUUUUUUUCUUUUUAAGUUCAAAAUGUUUAGUAUUCCACUUCCUAUGGAGGGGUUGCCCUCUAAUUUCAACAGUUACAUAUUUUAGUCCAGCUAGGAUCUGGCCAGCUGUGAAGGAACUACAAAAGAUAAAAUAAGUUCACAUUUGGUGACUUUCAAAUCAAAAUAUUAUAACAUCAAUUUUAAUUACUUGAAGAAUUUAAUUAAUGAAGAUUAUAUCUAAGAGAUGAGAGUCUGAAUUUAAUAUUUCCAUUCCUUUUUUAAGUAUAUUCAAUAAGUAAUAUGUCUCCUUUAUUUGAGGGCAUCAUAAAAUGUACCCAAAAUAAUUAGAACUGUCUAGCAUCUCAGAAAAAUAACCUGCAAUCAACAACCUCAAGAGUACAUGUUUUUGUACUACAAACUGAUUUCAGCAAGUUUUAAAUAUAAUAUCUCAUGUUGUUUGGCAUGCAUUCAUUAGUUCUGUAGUUUCAGCAAAGGCAAAUUAAUCUGUUUUCAGUCCUCAUGUCCUGGUAUCUUCCGAUGUUACUUAAGCAGAAACAACUUAGGAGGAAAGCUCAAGGUGGCGUUUUAUUUAGCUCCUGGGUGGUUUAAAAUGUGUAACCCAACAAUGUUAAGACAUUCCUUGUGAUAUUAGCCCUUUUUAUCUGAUAUUUCUGAUUUAAAAGGAAUGAUGAACUCUAUAAAAUACUGGUAUUGUCCCAGUGACAGAAUUUGAAGAUCAGUGUGAAUUGCGUAUAUUUUUACAAAUGUUACAAAUUGUGUGGUGUUUUCAGAAUAUGAAAAUGUUCACGGGAAACUAAUUUUGUAGCAUUGAGAAAAAAAAAUCCAAAACUUAUUCAAUGCUAAAUUUAUGUAGCUUCUGCACCUGGAGUAAAGCAUAGCUCAGCAUCUGAAGCGAAUGACUCCUGUUCCUUUCCUCCACUUCUCUCACUUCUUUAAAAAAAGAAAACCGUUGUCUAGAGAAAAAUCACUGUUUAAUUGUCUUUGAUACUUUACAAUUACUGAAUUGUAGCUCUUAUUUAACUCUCUAUAGAGAGAUAUUUGCAAACUUGAGUUUUGUAAAUGCAACUUCUGAGUGUGAGUCUCAGCUGUACCAACCCAGAGUAAUAAGGCAAACCAGAACACCAAGUGAUAAAUGAUUCGAUUCCUCAUAAUAUAGGAUUUCCUAACCUGUUGAUAUAAAUGUAAUGAUACUCUUCACCUCAGUUUCCUGAAAUGACAAGUACCUGGCAGUACUCCACCGGCUUAGGGGUGGACAGCCUUUAUAGUAUUUCUGCUCUGGUCUUCCCAUUUUGCUUAGAAAGAUUUUUAGGUGUGUAGAGGUUUAAAGGGGGGAUGUGGGCUUUUUUUUUUUUUUUUUAAAUUGUGUUCUUAAUUUUUAGAGCAAGUAGAAUGAAAAAAAAGUUCUCCAGAGUAGACUGGAGAUUCAGAGUAGUCCUUUGGAACUGAAGGGAUAGGUAAUCGCUGUGAAGCUUUCUAAAGGUACCUAACAUGGAGGCCUUGAAAGUCUUCGUGGAAAUGUGGAAGAGAGGUCAUCUAUUGUAAAAUUGUUCUUUUUCUCACAUUUCUGCUUCCUGGAUUACAUUUUUGUUUAUACGUCAAAGACAAAAUAAAGCACAGGAGUUCCUAUAAUUAUUUCUGUUUACCAUUUUAAAAUAAAGUUUUCCCAACAAG